AUGGCCUCGAUAACCAGCGAGCUCCUUUUCUUCCUGCCCUUCAUCCUCCUGGCCGUGCUCAGCUUCUACACCAUUACGGUUGCUAAAUGUAAUGCCGGCCGGACGAAGAAGAAGCGACCGAAUCUGCCGCCCGGCGCCGUCGGUUGGCCCUUCAUCGGCGAGACCUUCGGGUACCUCCGCGCGCACCCGGCCACCUCCAUCGGCCAGUUCAUGAACCAGCACAUCGCACGGUACGGGAAGAUAUACCGGUCGAGCCUGUUCGGGCACCCGACGGUGGUGUCGGCGGACGCAGGGCUGAACCGGUACAUCCUGCAGAACGAGGGGCGGCUGUUCGAGGUCAGCUACCCGCCAAGCAUCGGCGGCAUCCUGGGCAAAUGGUCGAUGUUGGUGCUUGUCGGGCACCACCACCGCGAGAUGCGCUCCAUCGCCCUCGACUUCCUCAGCUCCGCCCACCUCCGCGCCGUGCUCCUCCCGGAGGUUGAGCGCCACACCCUCCUCAUACUCCGCGACUGGCUGCUUUCCUCCUCCUCCGCCGUCUUCUCCGCCCAGCACGAAGCCAAGAAGUUCACAUAUAACCUGAUGGCGAAGAAUCUCAUGAGCAUGGAGCCUGGGGAGGAGGAGACGGAGCGGCUGAGGCUGGAGUACGUCACGUUCAUGAAGGGGGUGGUGUCUGCGCCCCUAAAGUUCCCCGGGACGGCCUACUCGAAGGCCCUCAAGUCGCGAGCCACCAUACUUGGAGUAAUCGAGUGGAAAAUGGAGGAGAGGCUUGAGCAAAUGAACAAGGAGGACUCGAGCACAGAAGCAGAUGAUCUUCUCGGGUGGGCAUUGAAGCACUCUAAUCUAUCAAAAGAGCAAAUAUUGGACCUCUUGUUGAGCAUGCUCUUUGCUGGGCAUGAGACAUCGUCAGUGGCACUUGCCCUCGCCAUCUUCUUCCUCGAAGGUUGCCCUAAAGCUGUCAAAGAACUGCGGGAGGAGCAUCUUGAGAUUGCUAGGAGACAAAAGCUGAGAGGGGACUGCAAAUUGAGCUGGGAAGACUACAAAGAGAUGGUUUUCACACAAUGCUUUGAUGCCAAGGCAAAUUAUCUGAUCCCCGGAAAAGUUGGGGAGCACCUUUCCUUGGAACGUGUUAUAAACGAGACCUUGCGGCUAGGCAACGUGGUUAGGUUCCUGCACCGGAAGGUCAUUCGAGAUGUGCACUACAAUGGGUACGACAUUCCGAGCGGAUGGAAAAUUCUGCCGGUGUUAGCGGCAGUGCAUCUCGACUCAUCACUGUACAAAGAUCCCAACAGCUUCAACCCUUGGAGGUGGAAGGGCAACACAUCCGCCGUGGCGCACAACGGCAACUUCAUGCCCUACGGCGGCGGCACGAGGCUCUGCGCCGGGUCCGAUCUCGCCAAGCUCGAGGUGGCCAUCUUCUUGCACCACCUGGUGCUCAACUUCCGUUGGGAGCUCGCCGAGCCAGACCAGGCGUUCGUGUACCCGUUCGUGGACUUCCCCAAGGGCCUGCCCAUUAGGGUCCAUAGGAUUGCAAAGGAAGAAGGGGAAGACUAA